GAGUGUGAUGCACUACAACUGAAAGCUCAAAUUUCAAUGAAUUCUGUUUUAGUACGCGGUUUAAAUCCAUCACAUCCAUAUCGGCAGUGAUUAUAACUGUAUUAGAGGGAUCUUUUUAAAUGCGGUGGUACAACUGUUAAAGUACAUUGCACGGCUUUGUUUCCGAUCCGGACCUACGGCAUCGGCAGCACGAGGUGGGAUGGUUUUUCUGGCUGUCAGGAGAGCAAAGGCCUUGCAAAUUACCCUGGCUAUUAUUAAACCUGAUGCAGUGGCACACCCUUUGAUCUCUGAAGCUAUCCAUCAAAAAAUCCUUGACCAGCAGUUUAUUGUAGUGAGGUCUAAAGAAUUAAUAUGGAGGAGAGACGAUUCGGAACGCUUCUAUGCAGAACAUAAAGGACGAUUCUUCUACCAGAGACUUGUUGAAUUCAUGUCAAGUGGACCAAUGAGAGCAUACAUCUUGGCACGAGAAAAUGCAGUUAGUCACUGGAGGGAACUGAUGGGACCUACUAAAACGUAUAGAGCCCGAUAUUUAUCCCCAGAGUCCAUACGUGGAAAGUAUGGUUUGACAGACACUAGAAACACAACCCAUGGUUCAGACUCGCUAGAUUCCGCAGAAAGAGAGAUUGCCUUCUUCUUCCCAGAGUUUAACAAGAAGUGUUGGUAUGAAAUGGACGAACCUCUCAUCAGAGCAGGAUAUUACAGCUACAGUAAAGAACAACAAAUACACAUGCCAUGCAUGACAAGUUCUUGACAAGGCUACUUAAUGUCAGUGAAUGUUAUUGAAGACUGUCAAGUGCAUUCAUACUGAGAAAGGAAACUGGCAGAAAAAAAUCAUUUUAUUUAUUAGACUUUUUCAUUAAAAAUUUAGCCAAUAUCACAAAAGUGUAGAAUUUUUUUUGCAUUGUUGAAGAAUUUAUUGUUUUUUGGUAAAAUCAAUAAUAAUGUAAUAUAUAAAUAAUGGUGAAUAAAAUGUGUCAACAGACAUAUUUAUAAACCAGUUAUGGAUAUGCAGGUAGGACAAAUUAUGUCUUAAUUUUUACUUUAUGAAAGAAGUUUGAUUUUACACCCAGGUGCAGGUAAACCACUCUCACCGAAUGUAACAAGGUUUAAAUUGUCAUAUUUUUGUACAAUUUUGUUUAUUGUGAUCACAUUUUUAUUACGGUGGUUUUCAGGUUCAGUCCUGGUGUUUUCACUUAACUGCAAGUUUUUAUUUCUACCAAUUUCACAUUCACAUCAUGUGUACUUUUUAUUGAUCUCAUUGUGUACUUAGAUGGCAAACAAAUAUUUGUAAGAAACUUCUAAAUAUUUAUAUCACUUUCCACAACUUGAAAUGCUUGGGUUUCGUGUGUUGUUUGUGAUGAUGUGUGUUGGCUCCACGCUGCCUGUUCCAUUCAGGAGCCCCUUGAACCCGCCACCCUCGAUAGGCAUAACUCAGAUGAGCCGGGCAAAUGAGACCACACGCAUGCAGCAAAUCCAUCCAUAAACAAAAGUGUCCAAAGUGCAGUGCAAACAUUUUUCAAUAAAAACAGUGGAGGUUAAAAACAAUCCAUUAAAUAAUCUGAUAAAAUAAAGUUCAAAUUCCACAGUACGAGUUAUCUCUUAAAAAUUCAGUCCCGGGUGCAUCCCUUUAACACCAACGUCUCCUCUUCUUACUGCACACGGGGCCUUUCAGCAGACGAGACACCCAACUGACAGGAGCAGCCAGCUUUCCUUUACAGGCCCGGGUCCCUGCUGUCCAUGGCUCCUCAGCAGGGUGCCGCACAGAGUCUCCCACUGCCAUCCCCGGCCUUAUGGGGGAGCGAGCCUCACGUCACUACACGAUUCAAGAACGCUCAGUUUGGGUGACUCGCUGCAGCGCCAAGCAUCAACCUUGUGGGUUUCCCAAGGGGCUCUCCUCCCAACUGCCUCCUCUUUCUCUUUCUCGCCCCAGUUCUCUCUUGUUCCUGCCUUUUUCCUCUCCAUUCUUUAACCACCGUCUCCCUGCCUUUUCUUUCUUUCGCUUUCUAUGGAUGUCCUCUCUGUCUCUGCUGUGUAGGCUCCUCUUAUUUACAGCUCUGAAAUGGGAGGACCAUGUAGAAAAAGUGUUGUCAUUUCUACAUGGUGUGACUUAAUAUUGUAUUUAUUGUUUUUAUCAGUAUGCUGCUGCUGGAGUAUGUGAAUUUCCCCUUGGGAUUAAUAAAGUAUCUAUCUAUCUAAAAUGUAUGUGAAUGCCUUUAAAUUAAAGUCUGCAAUAUGCACUUUAA